GUUUCUUUUCUGUGCGGUGCUUCUCCCUUGUCAGAAAACCGUACAAGCUGCGGUGCACGCGUUCUGUGUUUUUGCUGCGAAGAAAAUCCGGAAAAUUUGCAUCAAUAUCCGCGUUCCGUUGCCGUUUUCCACCGGAAGCAUUCACUUUAAGCAGUAAAAAUGGUCGUGAAACCAGCGAUGCGCGCCGGCAAGCCCCAGGGCCAGGCCUACAAGGACAAAAGCAAACCGGCUGACAUCCGCCAGAGCAACAUCAAUGCAGCCAAGGCUGUCUGCGAUGCGAUUCGUACCAGCUUGGGUCCCCGUGGUAUGGACAAAAUGAUUCAAGCCGGCAACGGAGAGGUCACAAUUACCAACGAUGGUGCCACCAUUCUGAAGCAAAUGAACGUGAUCCAUCCGGCGGCCAAGAUGUUGGUCGAACUCUCCCGGGCGCAGGACGUCGAAGCGGGAGAUGGCACCACAUCGGUUGUGGUCGUGGCCGGAGCUCUGCUGGAAGCCGUGGAAAAGCUGCUGCAGAUGGGAAUCCACCCGACGGCCAUUUCGGACGCGUUCCAAAAAUGUUCGGCCAAAGCGGUUGAAAUCCUGACCGAGAUGUCCCGGCCGAUCGAGUUGACCGAUCGCGAAUCGCUGAUCAAGAGUGCUUCCACGUCGCUGAACUCGAAGGUCGUUUCGCAGCACAGCAGCCAGCUGGCUCCGAUCGCCGUGGAUGCAGUUCUGAAGGUCACCGAACCGGGACACGAGAGCGGCUGCGAUCUGAAGAACGUGAAGAUCAUUCGCAGCUUGGGAGGAACCAUCGAAGAUACGGAGCUGGUGGAUGGGUUGGUGUUUACUCAGCGAUCGUGCGGUGUCAAUGGACCGAAGCGUGUCGAAAAAGCGAAGAUCGGUCUGAUCCAGUUCUGUAUCUCAGCACCGAAGACCGACAUGGACCACAGCGUUGUCGUUUCGGAUUAUGCCGCCAUGGAUCGCGUGCUGAAGGAGGAACGUGCCUACAUUUUGAACAUCGUGAAGCAGAUUAAGAAGGCCGGUUGCAAUGUGCUGUUGGUUCAGAAGUCGAUCCUUCGUGACGCCGUCUCGGAUCUGGCCCUGCACUUCCUGGACAAGAUCAAGGUGAUGGUCGUGAAGGAUGUGGAACGUGAAGAUAUCGAGUUUGUCUGCAAAACGCUGAACUGCAGACCCAUUGCUUCGUUGGAUCAUUUCCUGCCGGAACAUUUGGUCAACGCUGACCUGGUUGAGGAGGUUUCUAGUGGAUCUAGCAAAUUUGUCAAGGUCACCGGAAUCCAGAAUAUGGGCAGAACCGUUUCGAUUGUUGUUCGUGGUUCGAAUAAACUGGUCUUGGAAGAAGCCGACCGUUCCUUGCACGAUGCCCUUUGCGUUGUCCGUUGCCUGGUCAAGAAACGCGCCCAGAUUGCCGGUGGCGGUGCUCCUGAAAUCGAAAUGGCCCUUCAAUUGGCUGCUCACGCCCAGACACUGGAAGGAGUGGAUGCUUACUGUUUCCGGGCUUUCGCCAACGCCCUGGAGGUUAUUCCCUCGACCCUGGCCGAAAAUGCCGGUCUGAAUCCGAUCGCGACCGUUACAGAGCUGCGCAACCGUCACGCCCAAGGUGAGAAGAAUGCCGGAAUCAACGUGCGCAAGGGAGCCAUCACUGAUAUUUUGGCUGAGAACGUGGUGCAACCGCUGCUGGUGUCCACUUCGUCGAUCACGUUGGCCUCGGAAACGGUUCGGUCGAUUCUUAAGAUUGACGAUAUCAUCAACACGAUGCAGUAAAACCAUUUCCAUGUGUUGUUUCUGUGCUUGCUUAUAUCUACUCUCAUUAAUUUAACUUUCGCCGUUUUUCCCCCACAUCGCGCACCAAAACCAUUGAUUUUUUCUGGAGAAGAUCACCACGCUAAGUAUGAACAUUACUUUUGUAUUUUCUGGAAACGCUAACAUGAUAACAAUAAAACUUGUACCAGUAAUAUAA